AUGGGCAUCUCUUGAGACAACUGGCACAAGCGCCAAACCGGGGGUAAGAGAAAGCCCUACCACAAGAAGCAGAAGUAUGAGCUGGGAUGGCCUGCUGCCAACAUGAAGAUUGGCCCUCGUCGUAUACACACAGUCCGAGUCCGAGGAGGCAACAAGAAGUACCGUGCCCUAAGAUUGGAAGUGGGGAACUUUUCCUGGGGCUCUGAGUGUUGUACUCGGAAAACAAGGAUCAUUGAUGUUGUCUACAAUGCAUCCAAAAACGAGCUGCUCCGCACCAAGACCCUGGUGAAGAACUGCAUCAUCCUUAUUGACAGCACACCAUACCGACAGUGGUAUGAGUCUCACUAUGCGCUGCCCCUGGGCCGCAAGAAGGGGGCCAAGCUGACUCCUGAAGAGGAAGAAAUAUUAAACAAAAAACGAUCAAAGAAAAACCAAAAGAAAUAUGAUGAAAGGAAAAAGAACGCUAAAAUCAGCAGUCUUCUGGAGGAGCAGUUCCAGCAGGGCAAGCUUCUUGCCUGUAUCGCCUCAAGACCAGGCCAGUGUGGCCGAGCAGACGGCUGUGUGCUAGAAGGCGAGGAGCUGGAGUUCUAUCUGAGGAAGAUCAAAGCCCGGAAAGGCAAAUAAAUAAAGCAUCAUUCAUAGCUCAUGUAAUAAAGGUGUGUAUUGUUCUAUUUAAAAAAAGAAAAUAAAAUGAAAUUCACUAUACCUUCUCAGCACUCCUUGGUACCUUCUCUAAAAUUGACCACACUUUAACGGCUGAGCUAUCCCAUUUGUCAAGCCAGGUGGGUGGAGAGAGAAAGAAAAGGCUAGAGAAGAGAGUUGGGGUCCACCUCAAGAAUCAAGACCAUCAGAAGAACGUGAAUGGGAAAGAGACAAAGAGAAGGAUAGACACA